AUGCCCUUAGAUCAAAAGGAAGAGUUCUCUCGUUACGUUUACGAGAUUGCUCGUGUACAACGCCAGCUUGUUUCCGACCGUAUAGAGGUGUUGGCUCGACAUCACAGACAUGCCUGGCAUUAUUUUAUUGGUUGCGUGACUUUUUCCGCUUCAAGUGUGAUGUUGAUGUUUAAGUUUUGGGGACCCCGUCACAUCUUCAAAAAUAGCAUGUACUACGCUAGACCUUUGCCACCGGCUAUAAGCAUGGGUGUUGCACUUUAUGGUGUGAUCUUCACGUGUCGUGGUAUGCUUAUGAGAAAUCGGAUUUGUAAUAUGAUGGAAGAUUAUGAAUAUGAGCUGAAGCGCAUCAAUGCACACCACUGUGAAGUGGGUAUUGCGCAGCUUGCAUGGUUACAAUUUGUAACAGAUCAAUUAAAACAAGGCGCAGAAUAUCGGUUUGAUUUCAAAAAACUUAGGCAAAUAUAA